AUGGAAAAAGAACUAAUCAAAGCCGGUCUAGGCGAUUCGCAGAGAGUCAGCGCGAUGGAUGAGAAGCAGUCUGUUCCAAUUGAGCUGGGGGUCAUUGGCGAGACUACCUUAGAGCAGAAUGGAAUUAAGAUACAUCCUCAACCGACUUCAGAUCCCUUAGAUCCGCUGAACUGGUCACGACUGGAGAAGCACACCAUCUUGGGAAUCGUCAUGUUCAAAUACUUCCUAUUCACUUACAUCACGACAACAACAGUCCCUUCAUUCCCAGAGCUCCAGUCUCAGUUCAGUAUCAGCUACUCAGAAGUCAACUGGACAGUCGCGAUUCCUGCACUAGGUCUGGCAGUCGGGCCCCUCUUUUGGACUUCGUUCAGCGACAUAUACGGCCGUCGGACCAUCUUCAUUACCGGAACAAUCAUUGCCCUCGUGUCGACAAUCGGAGUAGCGGUGGCAGACAAUUAUGGCGGAUACAUGGCUGCUCGAUUCUUCCAGGGGUUCGGGGUUAGCCCAGCGGCGACGGUUGGAAUGGCGGUUGUCAAUGAUCUUUUCUUUGACUAUGAACGCGGACAGAAACUUGGCCUCUGGGUUCUAGCGAUUGACUCUGGGCUCUUACUGGGGCCAACCUUUGGUGGUUUCUUGAAUGUAGUGAGCGCUGCAUGGAUCAAUUGGUUCAACGCCAUUCUCUUCGCCGUGCUGCUGGUCCUCGAACUCUUCCUCAUGCCCGAAACCCUGUAUCCACGCGCAACUAUGCUACAGCGCAUGCCGCGGGAAGGUCAUAAACCUCCGACCUCUUCAGAUAUUGAACAAAGCCCAGCUGACGAGAAGACUGGGGCCAUGGCAGCAGCAACCGGGCCUGCCAUACCAAGAACAAAAGAACUCGGCUUCUUCAAUGUCAGACCUGUUGCCGGCAUGCGGCAUCCUAAACCAUGGGACUCCGUUGUUCGCUUUAUUCUCACUUUCCGAUUUCCCGUCGUCGUUAUCAGCGUCAUCGGAUACUGUUUCUUGUGGUAUUGGUGGAUUCUGUCGGUCAUUACGAUGGUGCCUGCUGCGUACCCAUCGUACACCCCGUUGAUUCAAGGACUCCUGUUUCUUGGGCUGUUUCUGGGGACUGUGACCUCGGAGAUCUGUUGCUCGGGUAGACUGAGUGACUAUAUAGUUGGGAGACUGGCGAAGAGAAAAGGCAGCGUACGCGUCGCCGAGAUGCGCCUGUGGCUGGCCUACCCUGCUAUCCUCAUCACAGCUGUCGCAGCUGGAAUCCAGAUCGGAAAUACCGUCACAAGCAGCUAUAUCAUCGAUAGCUAUCCGCUGCAGUCAACGAGUGUGAUCAACUUCUAUGCCGUCUUCCUCAACUUGAGUGCAUUUAUGAACCCAUUCUUCAUUGCACAAUGGCAGGCCACGGCAGGAUACACGUGGACGUUCACCACGCAGGCUUUGAUCGUUGCAGUUGCUGGAACGGCCGUAUUUGCAUUGUUGCACUGGUUUGGCGCGUCCAUGCGGAAGAAGUCACCAGUGCCAUCAUGGGUGAAUCCUGAGUUCGACUCAGGGUGUUGA